CUUCAGCUUAGUUACUAGCUAUGUGUAAUGAGUCGUACUCACUAUCUCUUCUCAGUACUUAUACCAGUAUAUUUUAACUUGAAUAAUCCGUACUAGUAUUAAACCACCUAAUCAAGCAUCGCGCCACCACUUGCCCAACGCCCCACUCGAGCCAGCCAUCCCAACCACCUCCUCAAAGCUGACUUCAACACGGAACAAGCGCCCAUCUGCCGUGCCCGCGCCGCUCCCGACGGGGACGACGAUGCCCCAACCCACCAGUUUCUCCCAGGCUUCGCGCGCGACAUCCCGCCCCCAGACGCGGCCGGGCGUGGCGGCCGCGCCGGACGCCGAGGCCGACACCUUGGCGGCGGUGAGGAGGCGGACGUACUCUGCAUACGCGGCGGGGAAGGACAACGCCAGCGGGGUCAACGACGAGGCGGUGGUGUUGUGGUUGGUGUUGCUUUGCGGGUCGUACAGGGCUGAUAAUCGGGUGGCGGCAAGUAAGAGGGCGAGAGGGAGGGAGGAAUUCGAGGUUCCGUUGGUGGUGGAGAUUGAAAAGGGUAGCGGGGCAGGGUCGGGGCAGGAAAGGGUUUGCUCUGUGAAGGAUCUUGGGGUGGGUAUUUCAAGUUCAAUACUUCCUUCUUCUUCUUUUCCUUUUCUUCUUGAUGCGCUAUGGUGUAGCUCCGAGAGGGGGAUUAAAGCGCUGGUGAAGAAUUCCUUGACGGAUUUGGUUUGGUGGAAGAUUCGUUGCAGGUGGGAUUGGAAGCUGGCAUCGCUCCACAGGCCCUAGACAGUUAGUUUCUCGUUUGCUUUAUGGAAUGGCUAGAGGUAGGUGAAAAACCUUCAAGUAUGCUCGCCAUGCGUCGAGCAUCAACUUCCACCGCUUCG